AUUGUAUUACAUUUGGUAUUACAUUUUUAACAAAGCUUGAGUCAGUUCGUUUAUUUUACUUUUUUGUUAAAAUUAUUUAAAAACAUUUUGUCCGUCUUAAUACGCAGAUUAUUUUCAGAACAAUUUUUUCAAAUGAUAUUUGUCUAAAAAAGAUAUUAUUUUCAAUAGUGAAUAUACAUACUAGUUAAUUGAUAAACACAAAAGAAGGAAAAAAAUUUGAUCACAAAGAAAGAAACAAGUUUUGCGCACCUAGCGGACAGAAAUCAUCUAAUAUAAAAAAUGACUGAAACCAACAACACAGAUAAUCGGAUGCCAAAUUCUACAAAUAAUUUGGAAAAUGGAAACCGAAAAGGAAAUAUCUUGGAGCUUGAAACUGAUAAAGAAAGAGAAGAAAGACUUCGAUCUUUAUGGAUAAUAUACUUUACGAUGUUUCUCAUAAGCCUAGGAUUCUCAAUUGUUUUAACCGGAAUAUGGCCGUACUUAGAUAAGCUCGAUCCUCAAGCUGGAAAAGAAUUCAUGGGCUUUAUUGUUGCAGCAAACCCUCUGGGACAAAUGAUAUUUUCUCCAAUUUUUGGCUGGUGGUCUAAUAAAAUAACUUCAAUUAGAAUGCCAUUGUUAGUUUCAAUGGCAAUAUUUUGCGUCAGUAGCGCCCUCUACUCGUCAUUAGAUUUAUUUGAGAAUGAUUUCAAAUACUGGAUGUUUAUUGCUCGUUUUUUCGUUGGUGUUUCAAGUGCUAACAUUGCUGUUUGUCGUUCUUAUGUAUCCGCUGCAACAACUUUAAAAGAACGAACCAAUGGAGUGUCUAUGAUGUCCCUAGCACAAGUACUUGGAUUCGUUAUUGGACCAGCAUUACAAGCUGUUGUAACGCCACUUGGAGCUGAAGGCUUUUUGUUUAUGAAUUUUACAAUAAACAUGUACACUGCAAGCGGAUGGUGCAAUGUACUUUUAGGCAUCAUAAAUUUUCUUAUGUUUCUUCCAUGCUUUUUCAAAGACCGACGAAUAGCAGCUAGAGAACAGAUGAUUCUUCAAGGAAAAUCAACCGAAAAAGAAACGUGGAAAUCCAUCAAACCCGAUUAUGCCACUUCUUGGACAUUAAUUUUAUCAUUCUUUGUCAUAGUUUUUAAUUUUGUUCUUCUUGAAACUCUUGGGUCUUCUCUUACAAUGGAUCAAUUUGCUUGGUCAAAAUCUGAAGCACUUUAUUACGUUGGAAUUCUCAUGUCAGUUGGAGCAUUUAUCGCUUGCAUUGCUUUCUGUUUAAUUGCACCUUUAAGUCAACGUUACAAGGAAAGUAAUGUGUUAAUAUGGGGUGGAUUUUUCACAAUGGUCAUCGGAAGAUUGAUUUUCAUGCCUUAUCGUGAUGAAUAUCCUCGAUUAGCUUUAGAUAGGGAAUAUAUGAUGGAAAAUGGCACAAUAGGAUUUUAUUCUGAUGACGACGAGCAUAUAUUAGGUUGCCCUGUGUCUACUCAACCUUGGUGCUCCACAACUCCUGUUCUGGGAUUCCCUGAAUUUAUUAUUGGAUAUAUCCUGAGUAGUAUUGGAUAUCCAAUUGGAGUGACACUUAUCCAAACAAUUUUCUCCAAAAUCUUAGGAAGUAGGCCUCAAGGUGUGUGGAUGGGUUUGUUUACUGCUGGAGGAUGUGUCAGCAGAAUAAUGGGUCCUGUUGCUGUUGGGUCCAUCUAUACACGAUAUGGAACAAGUUGGACUUUUGGAAUAACAUGCGGAAUGAUGGUAUUACCAAUGAUUUGGCUCUAUAUUUUACGUCACAGACUUGACGUAGACUCUGUUGAUGUCUCAGUUGAAAUGGAAAAUCUUAAAAAAGAUUCCAAUGGAGUUACAAAGUCAAAUGGCUCAAAUGGACUAAUAAAGGAUAAAUCUGUGAUUAUAAAUGAGAGUACAACAAAAUCGGAACGAGAAAAGUUUUUAAGUGAAAUAAGAUAAUUCUUUAUACUAUUUUCCUGAUAUCCGAUAGUAUAAGGAACAAUACAAAACAUCUAAAAAUAAUACCUGCCUCGUCAUCAAUAAAUUGGACAGAUAAGGUGAACUUUUGGUGGUGCUACCUUUAAGUGUUUUGUAUUUGAAAUUUAUCAUAAUUUUAUUAUAAUUCUUUUUUUUUUUGUUAUUUCUAUAAAAAAGAUCUGAGUGAAAAACAUGUAUGGGAAGGUUUGUAUUGAUGAGAGCAAGAAAAUACUUAAUUUACUUCGAAGCAAUGACCAUUUUCUUUAAAACCAUUGCUUCAUAUUGCUAAGAAAUACAUAUUUGACUGAAAUAAAUAUUAAAGUUUUAUUAUAUUGGAAAUGUUUACUAAUAUUUUAGUUGCUCAUAGACAAUUUUAUAUAUUGAAUAGAUAAUAAAUAUAUACAUAUCUAAACAUGAUAAA